AUAGAGAGAGAGAGAGAGAAAGAGGCGGAGAGGGAGAAAAAUGGAAGGUAGAAAGUUCGCCGUACUUCUCUGCGCCGACGAAUCGGAGUACGUGAAGAAAAUGUACGGCGGUUACUACGGCGUGUUCGUCCGAAUGCUGAAAGAGGACGGCGAAAUCUGGGACGUGUACAAGGUGGCCGGCGGCGAUUUUCCGGCGGACGAUGAGAUCGGAGAGUACGACGGAUUUGUGGUCACCGGAAGUUGCAGCGACGCUCACGGAGAAGACCGUUGGAUCUCCGACCUCGUUGUUUUGCUCAGGAAAUUGGACGCUAUGAAGAAGAAGGUUCUAGGCAUUUGCUUCGGUCACCAGAUAUUGGGAAGAGCUAUAGGCGGAAAAACCGGCCGAGCGACCGAAGGAUGGGAUAUCGGAAUCACCAAAGUUCAUUUUCAGACAUCGCACAUUUUCACUUCACUUAAAAUGCCUUCCUCUCUUUCUAUCAUCCAAUGCCACAGAGACGAGGUAAAGGAGCUUCCUCGAAAAGCAGAGGUCCUCGCUAGGUCAAACCAUACCGGAAUCGAAAUGUUCAAAUACGGUGACCAUAUUAUGGGCAUUCAAGGGCACCCCGAAUACACGAAGGACAUUCUUUUGCACCUAAUUGACCGUAUUUCUAACUGCAAUUUCAUCGAGGAAUCUCAUGGUGAAGAGGUGAAGUCUAAGCUGGAAGAAGUUGAGCCAGAUACAGAGGCAUGGAAGAAACUGUGCACCAACUUUCUCAAAGGGAGAUUGUGAUUCACAUUUAUUUACCAACAUUAUUAAUUAAUUAAUUAAGGCUAUUUAUAUUGGAAAAUGUAAAUAUAGAUUUUUAAUUGGGCAAAUGCAUUUUGAUCUAAAUUAAUUAGAGUGCAUCGUUAGAUGCUAUUCAAAUGUGACCUGUUGAUAACCCAGUUUUAAUUCAU